AUGUCUAAUAAUACUUCUUUUCCAUCAGUCCAAGAAUUUAAUGAUUGGAGCCCAGAUAAAGUUAUUGCUUUUCUGAAGUCUUAUAAUAAAGAAAAAAAGUUAUUUCUUGAAGAUGAAGACAUUAAAAUAAUUGAAGAUAACCAGGUUUGCAGUUCAGUCUUCCUCGAGUUGAGUAUGGAAGAACUCAUCAAAGAUGGUUUAAAAAGAGGACUGGCCAAAAUGAUCAUUAAGUUAAUCAAAACAAUUAAAGGCGAAGGACAGAAGCAACAGCUUCAAGUAGCUCCCUCUAUAUUAUUAGCACCAGGAGUUAAUCCGAGGCCUGAUCAGCUUUUUAAUAAAUUUAACUUGGCAAAUUUCCUUAACGAAAGUCCUCUAGUAAAAAUACUAUUUGCACCUAAUCAUUAUUUCCAAUUUAAUACUAGCCUGGGUGGUAUAACUAAAAAAGAGCAAGAUACAUAUUUUGUACUAAGUACAGAAGCAGAAUGCACUUCACUUUAUUCAAGACUUAUAACACCGUUAAUUUAUCCUUCCUCAUAUGGAAAAACUGAAGACUCGUAUCAUUGUUUAUGGGAUAGUGUUAUUAAAAAUACAAUAGAGACAUUUGGGAUGCAUAGCGGUAGUUUGUCAAAAUUGGAAUUUGAUUACAAUAUGAGUGAAGAGAAGUCUCGGGAAGACUCAGGAGAUCCUUCAAGUAAAUUAGUUGGUAAAAUAGAAGAUUGGUCUUAUGGAGAUGCUCCAUAUAUAUUUGUAUACUAUGCUAUUGGUGUUCAAGUCAUAUUGGUUAUUUUGUAUAAGCCUGAAAAUAAAAAGAGAAAACUGAAUGUUUGUUCUGAAAAAAUUGCAGAAUUUGAUUUAGGAUGUUUGUUGGAUAGAAUUCGCAUCAUGAAUUUUCUUCAAAAUAUUUGUCAUCUAUUACCUCUUAUAGUGAAUUUAUGCCCUCCGAGAGAAUCACCAGAGUUUCAAACAAUUUUUCGACCAAGUGGAACUGUUAUUGAACUUGGGUAUACAAUUAAAAAAAAAUUUGCAGAUGAAAGGCAAGUUACUCAUUUAAAAGAAAUUUAUGAAAUGCUAAGCGCAAAUAAUAUUAGAUUUUCCGACAAAUUAGAACAUUUAUCUAUACAUUCUGUUAAUUUGGUGCCACAUGGAGAACAACAUGAAUCACAUGAUCUCAAAGAAUUACUGCAGACAUUAAUUUGUACACUAACUUGUUUAAAGCCCAAACUGAUAAUGCACAGAGAUGUUCGAUGGCCAAAUAUUAUUCACCAUUAUGACGGAUAUCAAAGAUUUAUUUUAAUUGACUUUGACUAUGCUGACUUUUUCCCUUCUGAUGAGCCUUUAGAAGAAUUUUCUGAAAGUGAUCAUGCUCCUGAAAUGCUAAAUAAAAAGCAUGAUUUUAAGGUUGAUAUAUGGGGCAUUGGGAACUUAAUUGGGUCAUGUAAUAUCACAGGCAUUUCUUCAGAACUUUCAAGUUUCAGCACAGAUUUGUGUAAAAGUAAUCCAAAUAGACAACCAACUACUUCAGUUGCUCUCGAUCAGUUUUCAAAUGAUGACUGGCUAGAAAGGAUUGAAACUACAUAA